AUGGCCUUCGGCAACGGCGGCCUCAAGCACUUGGCCACCUGUGAGCUGGGCUUCUACAAGUCGGCCCCUGGAGACCAGCUCUGCGCCCGCUGCCCUCCCCACAGCCACUCUGCAGCCCCCGCUGCCCAGACCUGCCGCUGUGACCUCAGCUACUACCGCACAGCCCUGGACCCACCAUCUGCAGCCUGCACCCGGCCACCCUCAGCACCGGUGAAUCUGAUCUCCAGUGUGAACGGCACAUCCGUGACCCUGGAAUGGGCCCCUCCCCUGGAUCCGGGCGGCCGCAACGACAUCACGUACAAUGCAGUGUGCCGCCGCUGCCCUUGGGCGCUGGGCCACUGCGAGACCUGCGGGGGCGGCCCCCGCUUCGUGCCGCGGCAGACAAGCCUGGUGCGGGCCAGUCUGAUGGUGGCCAACCUGCUGGCCCACAUGAACUACUCCUUCUGGAUCGAGGCUGUCAACGGUGUGUCCGACCUGAGUCCCGAGCCCCGCCGGGCGGCUGUCGUCAACAUCACCACGAACCAGGCAGCCCCGUCCCAGGUGGUGGUGAUCCGCCAGGAGCGGGCCGGGCAGACCAGCGUGUCCCUGCUGUGGCAGGAACCAGAGCAGCCCAAUGGCAUCAUCCUGGAGUACGAGAUCAAGUACUACGAGAAGGACAAGGAGAUGCAGAGCUACUCCACCCUCAAGGCUGUCACCACCAGGGCCACUGUCUCGGGCCUCAAGCCGGGCACCCGCUACAUGUUCCAGGUCCGAGCCCGCACGUCCGCCGGCUGCGGCCGCUUCAGCCAGGCCAUGGAGGUGGAGACCGGGAAACCCCGGCCCCGCUACGACACCCGGACCAUUGUCUGGAUCUGCCUGACGCUCAUCAUGGGCCUGGUCGUGCUUCUGCUCCUGCUGAUCUGCAAAAAGAGGCACUGCGGCUACAGCAAGGCCUUCCAGGACUCGGACGAGGAGAAGAUGCAGUAUCAGAAUGGGCAGGCACCCCCACCUGUCUUCCUGCCCCUGCACCACCCCCCGGGGAAGAUCCCACAGCCCCCGUUCUAUGCAGAACCCCACAAUUAUGAGGAGCCAGGCCGGGCGGGCCGCAGUUUCACCCGAGAGAUUGAAGCCUCCAGGAUCCACAUCGAGAAAAUUAUCGGCUCUGGAGAGUCCGGGGAAGUCUGCUGUGGGCGGCUGCAGGUGCCGGGGCAGCGGGACGUGCCCGUGGCCAUCAAGGCCCUCAAAGCCGGCUACACCGAGAGACAGCGGCGGGACUUUCUGAGUGAGGCGUCCAUCAUGGGUCAGUUUGACCACCCCAAUAUCAUCCGCCUAGAAGGUGUCGUCACCCGUGGCCGCCUGGCAAUGAUCGUGACCGAGUACAUGGAGAACGGCUCUCUGGACGCCUUCCUGCGGACUCACGACGGGCAGUUCACCAUCGUGCAGCUGGUGGGCAUGCUCAGAGGCGUGGGGGCCGGCAUGUGCUACCUCUCGGACCUGGGCUACGUCCACCGAGACCUAGCUGCCCGCAACGUCCUGGUUGACAGCAACCUGGUGUGCAAGGUGUCCGACUUCGGGCUCUCCCGGGUGCUGGAGGACGACCCUGACGCAGCCUACACCACCACGGGAGGCAAGAUCCCGAUCCGCUGGACGGCCCCCGAGGCCAUCGCUUUCCGGACCUUCUCCUCGGCCAGCGACGUGUGGAGUUUCGGUGUGGUCAUGUGGGAGGUGCUGGCCUACGGGGAGAGGCCCUACUGGAACAUGACAAACCGUGACGUCAUCAGCUCCGUGGAGGAGGGGUACCGCCUGCCCGCGCCCAUGGGCUGCCCCCGCGCCCUGCACCAGCUCAUGCUUGACUGCUGGCAGAAGGACAGGGCCCAGCGGCCUCGCUUUUCCCAGAUCGUCAGCGUCCUCGAUGCCCUCAUCCAGAGCCCUGAGAGUCUCAGGGUCACUGCCACUGUCAACAGGUGCCCCCCCCCUGCCUUUGCCCAGAGCUGCUUUGACCUUCGUGGGGGCGGGGGUGGCGGCGGGGGCCUCACCGUGGGGGACUGGCUGGACUCCAUCCGCAUGGGCCGCUACCGGGACCACUUCGCCGCCGGCGGGUACUCCUCCCUGGGCAUGGUGCUGCGUAUGAAUGCUCAGGACGUGCGUGCGCUGGGCAUCACCCUCAUGGGCCACCAGAAGAAGAUCCUGGGCAGCAUCCAGACCAUGAGGGCCCAGCUGACGAGCACCCAGGGGCCCCACCGGCACCUCUGAGCCAAGGCCAGUGGGGCCUGGGCAGCAACUCAAGCAGACCUGGGACAUGUCGGCCAUCAGAGGACUUGCAGGGUUGGCGGGGGGUCAGGCAGCCCCCCAAGCCUCUGUCCCUCCUCUCAGGUGCCAAGAUCUCCACCACAGGACCUGGACUUAGCAGGGCUCAGGCUGCCUGGGAAGGGGCGUUCGGUGCCCAGCUUGGCUGCGACAUCUGCCCCCAGGGCGGAGGGGCUUCUCUUCCCCAGAGGCUGGGGCCUCAGUGACACGGAGCCUGACAGAGACGUCACUCGGCUGCCUCCGUGUGUGCGUGUGUGUGUGCGUGUGUGUGUGUGUGUGUAGGGAUGUUUUCAUGAGGUCGUGGGAGCCUUUGUGACCAUGUGUGCGUGUCCACCCAUCAGGUCCGAGCACGGAUGUGUGCUUAUGGCGUGCAUGCUUUUCCAUUAUGGUGGGGGGCACACGUGCGUGACCGUGGAUGAAUGAGGACGUGUGUCACAGGCCUGUGAGCACAGAACUUGGUGUGACGCUGCCCACUGAGUAUGGGCCCAGGCCCCAGCACCCACAGGGACUAGGGAGAGGCUCAUGCCCACCUCCCCCCACACCUGGAGGCUGGAAUUAGGGGCCACUUUGGGGCUGCACCAGCACCAGGCCCACCCUCAUUUCAGCCCGGGCAGGCCCUCCCCCGGCUCUCUCUCAGGUCUGAGCCCUCCCUCUAGCAGGUGGGGGGCCACCUGCAGCCUCCACCUGGCUCCCACCGCUGCUUCCACAGGAAAACAGGGUUCCCGGCCAGCCCCUCUGGCUGCCUACUGUGUAGACAUCGCUGUAGAGUACACAAGAUGCCCUCAGCUGGACUUGGCUGCCUGGUCAGCGGCCAGGGCCGUGAACUUCCCUCUGGGCCCCAGUGCCCCUCCAUGUCCCAGGGCUCCUCACUUGGAAGACCCUCUGCCAACCUCUCACUGCCCAGCCCUGGCCUGCGCCCCUCCCUCCUCAAUCCUAAGAUCAGGGACCAUAAGAUCCCAGAUUUUCAGCCCCACGUCCACCCCCUCUUGUGCCACCUGGGGAGACCAAGACCUAGAGAGGGGGGUGUGCCUUGUCCAAGGUCACACAGCAACCAAGUUUUAGAGCUGAGGCCGCCUGCCUCCCAGCCCAGGGCUCUUUCCCCCACACACCAUCCCACACUGACAGCUGUGGGUGAGAGGGGGCUUCGGAAGCUCCCCCACCCUGAGACUGACCCUCCCCUUUACGGCCCACCAGGGUAUGUAAAUAUCUUUUUUCUACCAUGCCAGAAUAUUUUUUCCUCGCUCCUGACAAUGCAAAAAUGGUCUUCAAAGCACAUAAAGAGCACCCAGGGUGAGAAAGCACCAUCCCAGGGGAAGCUUGGUGGGCAGGGCCCAAGGAACCCCACUGGGCAGGUUGCCUUGUGCCCCCUGCCGGCCCCAGAGGGAGGGGCAAGCCCAGCUCCCCACCCCCUGCGCAGCCCUCCCCCUAGCCAGCACAGCUGUUCUGCAGAGACACCAGCACUGAGCCCCCCCCUUCCUCCUGCAAUAAUUUGGGGAGUCUCAGCCCCGCCUAGGUGCUGCGGCCAGCUCUCUACACCUCUAUAUAUUAUAUUACUAUAUAGCUGAGCUGUUCUUCCUUCCUAUGGAAGUCGGAAACAUGGUCAGGACACGAUCCAGGGAGGACCCUGUCUGCCUCCCACCCCCACCCCACUCUCACCCAGUUCCUGGUCUCUGAUCCUCACAGUCAGGGUGGACAUGGAGGGCCCGGCACUUGCAAAAGUGUGGCCCCUGCCCCGGGCGUGAGGUACCCUUGGGGUCCCAGGGAUCUGCUUCUCUGUGGUCUUCAUCCUGAGUCUUGAACUUGCCCACAAUGAGAAUAAAUUCUGCCUCAUUCUGCCUCA